AUGGGCGGCGCGCUGCAGCGCCGCGGCGUCUCCAAGGACGACCUCGCCGCGCUCCUCGAGAUCUCCCGCGCCUGCGACACCCUCUACCUUCACCUCACCGGCCUGGCGCGCGAGGACGACGCCGAGAUUGUCGCCGUCCUGGAGGAUGUGUACGAGUGCGUCGCGCGGGUGGACCCGAGCGCGGAGGUGGUGCCGCUGCUGGAGCGAUGCGGCUGGGACGCGGACGCGGUGAUGGCGCUCGAGGAUCGCAUCGGCGACGAGGACCACGUCGUCACGCUGUCCCUCGAACUCGAGGAGGGCGGUGGGGUCGAGGAGGGCGACGAGACAACCGGCGACGACACCUCCGUGGACAAAACCUCCGUGGGCGGCACGUUUGACAGGAUGCACGCGGGUCACAGGCUGCUCCUCGCGACCGCCUCGGCGGUGACGCGCUCCGGUGACUCGCCGACGGUGUUCAUCGGCGUCACCGGGGACGUUUUGCUAUCGAACAAGCGCCACAGGGACCUCAUCGAGCCGUACGAGGUGCGGGCGUCAAAGGCCAAAACUUUCGUGGCCAAGACCCGGCCGCCCACGUCGCCGCUUACCGUCGAGUGCGGCCCGCUCGACGAGUCACCGCCGCUCGCGGCGACGGUGGCGGACAUGCGCGCGCUCGUGGUGUCGAGGGAGACGCUCGCGGGUGGGGAGGCGAUCCAGGAGGCGAGGAAAGAAGCGGGGUUUCCGCCCCUUCGGGUCGUCUGCGUGGGGUUAGUCAAGGGCAAGGUCGGGAAAGGGCGGGGGGACGACGGGAAGGUGAGCAGCACGGCGCUGCGAGCGGACGCGGCGGACGAUCGCGAGCGGCGGCGCAUGCGAGGCGGGAGGUAA